AAUGAGUAAAAGACCCUCAACUUAAAACCAGAGUAUCUUCAGGAACAUUAGGCCCCUGAUGUCUUUCUCAGGAUGUUUUUUGUCCUCGGCCCGGGACACACCUUCAGCUUCUGCAGACCUGUAAUCUUCACGUCACGGUAUUCCGCGCUAUAAUCCGCCAUUCAUACCCCUACACCGAGAAAAUGAACUGUUAAACCCUGAUACUCUGUAUGGCUUUACUUCGGCCGGGCUGUCGCAUCCUGUCCGCGCACAGAGAUCAGCAUGGCAACGGGAGGAGGAGGGGAGGGGGAGGCUGCUCGGGAUGAGGGAGGGUACCACGGUCCCACGUGUCCUCCUCGCCGCAGACCCAACGCAUUUCUCCUCGCUUCCCCAUCCCUCCGUUUCCGCAUACCGCAGAUUCGCAUAUACGCACACAUACAACCUCAUCCAUACACUCAUACGCACCCGCGCAGCCUUGCGGAGCGAUGCACUCCGCGGCGCGCACUCUCCCAUCCCUCACCAUCUCCUCACUGAUCAAUCUCUAGGCCUGUAUCGAUCAUCUCCGCCACAGGCCUAUAGGAUUGAUUUAUUUUUCAUCAUUCGCGAUAUGCAGAUUCAAAUUUUCAGUAGCGGCGUUGGCCGGAGCUGAGAGGGCGAAAGCGAGAGAGACAGAGAGGGGGAGAGAUGAUCGGACGCGCAUCAUCAGAUGUUUAGCAGAUCCCCCUUCGAGCUUCGCCAUCAUUUCUGCUGUGCGCUUUUCGGUCUUUUUGCUUCCCCUCCGUUCGUGUCAUUUUGCGGCUCUCGAUGCUGUAAUCCGGGGGAAUAUGUGAAGAUCAUGCUGGCGGUGUGGUGCUUCAUGGUCUUUGCUGCAGUGGGCGAGAGGCUUGCAGUCUCAGGUGAGGACGGGAGCCCAGUGCAGGAUGGAGGCACGUGGGAUUGGUUUACCCCGGCGGGGCGGCCAAGCGGCGGGGACACUGCCACUGAGGUCACCUACCCAAAGCGGCUGGUACAGCAGAUCCAGUCGGAGGAGGAAAUGGCUCACGACCACUUGGAUACCAGGGUGAAGAACAGCACUGGGGACACCUCGCCUGUCCACUUGGCCCAGAGCUGUUUCCAAGUGGAAGCCUUUGGACACACCUUCACUCUGGACCUGGAGCUAAACCAUCACCUCCUGUCCUCAGAAUAUGUGGAACGGCACUUUAACCAGGAUGGCCAACCCUCAGAGUCUGUGGGAGGGGAGCACUGCUACUACCAGGGAAGGUUAAGGGGUCUACCAGAGUCCUGGGCAGCUCUCUCCACCUGCCACGGCCUGUGCGGCAUGUUCUCUGAUGGCUUCUUCUCCUACGGGAUUGAGCCCCUUCAAAGUGGGAGCAAUCAGGAUGAUGGCACACACUUAAUCCGCAGGAUGCCUGAUAUCCGACUUUCUCCACACUGUCCAGACUGUUCAGAGGACAGCAAGUGGGAAAGCAGAGGAGGUGACGUUGAUGACGACAGGCCGGACCAAACGAGGGAGCAGCAGGUGUCAGGGGGGCUGAGGCGAUCCAAGAGAUUUGUUCGCAAGCCCUCUGUGCAGACAGAGACCAAAUACAUUGAGCUGAUGGUGGUCAACGACAACGACAUGUUUGUACAGCUGCGUCGCUCUAGCAGCCAAACCAAGAACUUUGCCAAAGCAGUGGUCAACAUGGCAGAUGCGAUCUACAAGGAACAGCUGAACACGAGGAUCGUGCUGGUUGCCAUGGAGACCUGGACCUCUAAAAAUAUGAUGCCAGUCAUGGAAGAUCCAUUGAUAACACUGCAGAACUUCAUGAAAUACAGGAAGGACAACAUCAAAGACCAGAGUGACGUCAUCCAUCUUUUCUCAGGGCGAACAUUUCACAGCAGCCGCAGUGGGGCAGCCUACACCGGAGGAGUGUGUUCUCUAACAAGGGGAGGAGGCAUCAACGAGUAUGGGAAUGUUGGUGCAAUGGCCAUCACGCUGUGCCAGAGUCUUGGCCAGAACAUCGGCAUGAGGUGGAACAACGCACGUAACUCUGCAGGAGACUGCAGGUGCCCAGAUGCCUGGCUCGGUUGCAUCAUGGAAGACACUGGAUACUAUCUUCCCAGAAAGUUCUCUCGCUGCAGCGUUGACGAGUACAUCCAGUUCUUGCUCCAGGGGGGCGGGAGCUGCCUCUUCAACAAGCCCAACAAGCUGUUGGACCCUCCAGAGUGUGGGAAUGGCUUUGUGGAGCCAGGGGAAGAGUGUGAUUGUGGAUCCCAGGUGGAGUGCGCCCGCAGUGGAGGGGCCUGCUGCAAAAAGUGCACACUUACCCAUGAUGCCAUGUGCAGUAACGGACUCUGCUGCAGUGGCUGCAAGUAUGAGCGCAGAGGCGUGGUUUGUCGAGACGCUGUGAAUGACUGCGACAUACCAGAGACGUGCACCGGAGAUUCCAGCCAGUGCCCUCAUAAUGUCCACAAGCUGGACGGCUACAUGUGUGAUAACAAUCAGGGCCGCUGUUACAGUGGACGAUGCAGGACUCGUGAUGGACAGUGUAGAGGACUCUGGGGUUACAAUUCAGCGGACAGGUUUUGUUAUGAGAAGCUGAAUGCUGAGGGGACAGAGAAAGGCAACUGUGGUCCAGGUCCUGAAGGCCAGGGCUGGCUGCAGUGCAACAAGCCGGAUGUUUUGUGUGGCUUCCUCUUCUGUGCCAAUGUGACGAUGAAGCCAAAGUUUGGAGACCUGCAGGGUGAGGUGACUAGCUUCACCCUCUACCACCAGAACAAGUACCUGGACUGCAGAGGUGGCCAUGCUCUGCUGGAGGACGGCUCAGACCUGGGCUACGUGGAGGACGGCACUCCCUGUGGGCCCAACAUGAUGUGUUUGGAACGACGCUGCCUCCCUGUGGCAGCAUUCAACCUCAGCACCUGUUCGGGAUCAAACUUUGGACGCAUCUGUUCUGACCAUGGGACCUGCAGCAAUGAGGUGAAGUGUAUCUGUGACAGGGACUACACAGGGAAGGACUGCAGUGUCUUUGAUCCCAUCCCUGAGCCAACAGUCCAGACCGGCCCAGAGAAGAAAGGUCCCAGUGGCACCAAUAUCAUAAUAGGGUCCAUCGCAGGUGCUAUUCUCCUGGCAGCUAUAGUCCUAGGGGGAACAGGAUGGGGAUUUAAGAACAUUCGAAGAGGAAGAUCUGGUGGAGGAUAAGAUGCCUGUCUGUCUUUUUGUCUCUGUGUCCUGUCUACUCCUGUCUUCCUCCUCGCACUGUGUCGUUUCCACAUCGGAGAAGAGGGGAACAAAAAAAAAAAAAAAGGUCUUCCACUCCUGUCCCAAAAUCUCUCCAAACCUCUUCUGAUUAGCGUUUCCUCCACACUCCUGUCUGCUCCUUUUGUCCGUCCUCCUCUGGGCCUGUGGAGCUCCUCUCACCAUACCAGCCAAAUCAUACCUGCAUGGCUGCUGCCAACAGGCCGCUGAGGAUUGUGUCCAGGUCACGCCUAGAGCGAGCAGGUGGCUCUCCCUGCGGGAGACACCAGGGUCUUCCUCCAUUCCGGUGGAAUGAAGAAUGUGCUGCGGUGACUGUGUACCUCCCUUUCUCACAUCUUGGACAGUCUGAUGAAGAACAUUUCAAUGGUGGACCAAUUUAAUUAGAGACAUGUUUUUCCAAUGCCUGCCUGCCUGCACAGAAGGAACAGAACACUAAACUGGCCACCAAGUCCACGGCUAAACGUUGGACUGGCACACAGACCGGCUAAUUGACUGAAAUAUAAAAGGAUCUAAAUAGUUUCCUUUCUCUCAAAGGAGAAGGACCUGAGGCGGUUCCUCUGAUGGCAGGCCUUGACUAGGUGCAUCGCAAAGCGGUGUUUUUAAUCUACAAAUUUUGGCAACACGGAUAUGCUGUAACUGACAAGAAACCAUUCAUUGGACUGUUGUUCACGUGUUUUCCAAAGAGAGACUGAGGAAGGACUAAUCAUCAUAUAAAUCGAUGGCUCAAAAACCAGUCAACCAUUAGCCAGAGCCCAGAGCGAUAAAUGACUUUACCUUUGCCGUUAUUUACCCCCUCACCCCUUCCCUCACCCACAAGUUUUCAGGUACAAAAAAAAAGGAAGCUAGGUGUAAUGGUUUCGGGAUCAUUUUAAACCACUGAACUUUGAAGCAGCAGAGACCGUAACUUAGUGUUCUCAGCCACAAACUGUCCAACAUACAUUCCACCAUAUCCGUGUGCGUGCUCACUACUUUCAGGCCCAAAGUUUGUACGCUUCGGAGGUUUAAUCUGUAUGUCCGUUUCACGAGCGAAUGUAUGAGGUUUUUAAAGAAAGGAAGAAUGUAUGCGUGUUUACACUCGUGUUAGGGGCAGCCGUGUCCAUGUACACCUUAACACUUCCUCCUAUCACAGGUAGAUAGGCAGGUUUUUACCUCUAGAAGAUCAUCUCUUUCUACAAACUGCUGUACGCUGCAGCCAUGGUACCACAAAGGCGGCACAUUAAUAAAGACUUCAACAGUUUUUAAUGUCAUGUAACCACAGAAAAUGAGCACUAGCCAACUGUAUGCACACCUGUUUGUAAAUAUGUGCAAGAUAUACUGAAUGUUAAAUGCACUGUAUGAAGAUUUAUUUAAAAGCUAUGUUAAAAUAAUGAGUCGUAUCUGUUUCAGCGAACACACACACACACACACACAGAUCUCUCCUGCAGUCACCACCGUCCACGCCAUCUUUAAAUGUGGCGUAGCAGCUGAGCUAGCCGCCUCCCGUCUCUCUCAUCAUUCCAGCUAUCACCGAAAUGUAAUGAAUCUUUUGUACAUUUGUUGAUAGAUCCGAGGCCCUGGGUGAACGCCUCAGCACAGAGGCUUUUUGUAACGAUCCCUGCUGUAAAUGAGAUUAAAGAGAUCGAGUCUGGGGUCCAG